AUGAAGCGGAUCGUGGCUGAGGAGACGAUAAAGCAUUUGGAAGCCAUCAAUGAAGUCAACGAAGCGAGGGAGAUCUUGGAGAAAGAGGCGGCGGGUCGACUCAAGGCGGAGGAUCACGCCAAGGAGCAGUCUUCCCAGAAGAGGAUGGUGAUGGAGGCCGUUCUGUCGAUCGACAACAGGUACAGAAGGUAUUCCAGGGAGGAGAUAGCCGCCGCCACCGACGACUUCUCCCCGGAGAAGCAGAUCGGCGAGGGAGGCUACGGGAGCGUCUAUAAGGCCUUCCUGGACCACACCCCCGUCGCCGUGAAGGUCCUCCGCGAGGGCGCAGCAGAAAAGAUGGAGGAAUUCAUGAGAGAGGUAUUCGUCUUCCCGUAAUCAACCCACCGAAGAUCGCUCAUCUUUCUCAUCUCUACUGGCAAAUCUGUUCCAGGUGGAGGUUUUAUGCGGGCUGCACCACCCGAACAUCGUCCUGCUCCUGGGGGCCUGCCCGGAGAUAGGCUGCAUCGUGUACGAGUACAUGGAGAACGGGAGCCUCCAGGACCAGCUCUCCCGCCGCGGCGGCGCGCCGCCGCUCCCCUGGUGCACCCGUUUCCGCGUCCUAUUCGAGGUGGCCCGGGCCCUCGCCUACCUGCACGGCUCCAGCCCCGAGCCGGUGAUCCACCGAGACCUCAAGCCGGGCAACAUCCUGCUGGACCGCAACUUCGUCGGCAAGAUCGGCGACGUGGGCCUGGCCAAAUUCAUGCCGCGGGUGGUGCCGGACGGCGAGACGGAGUUCAGAGAGACCGUCAUCGCCGGCACGCUCCACUACAUGGACCCCGAGUACCAGCGCACGGGGACGCUGCGGCCCAAGUCGGACCUCUACGCCUUCGGGAUAAUCGCCCUGCAGCUGCUCACCGGCAGACCGCCGGCGGGGCUGGCGGUGAUGGUGGAGAACGCCGUCGGAGGAGGCUCCCUCGCCGCCGUGCUCGACCCGUCGGUGCCCGAUUGGCCCUUCCCGGAGGCGGAGAAGCUGGCGGAGAUCGCUCUGAGAUGUACCCAGCUCCGGUGCAGGGACCGGCCGGAGUUGGAAGCCGACGUCUUGCCGGUGCUCGAGCGGCUCUCGGCAGCGGCCGACGGCUGCCCCAGCGGUCGCGGCCCUGCCCACUUCCUCUGCCCGAUUCUUAAGGUAUCAGAAACCCUAAUUCCUUCUUUCCUUCUUCUCUGUCCCCGAUUGAUCCUGGUCUCUACCACUUUUCUUCUUCUCCAGAUGCCAAUGGAGGACCCAUACAUCGCCGCCGACGGGUUCACGUACGAGUACAGGGCGAUCAGGGCCUGGUUGGCGGAGAAUCAGACGUCCCCUGUAACCCAGAUGCAGCUGCCAGACGCCACCAUAAUUCCCAACCACUCCCUCCGCCUGGCCAUAGAAGAAUGGAGGUCACUGUAG